CCUGCUGCUUCCACGGGAUUGUGGAGUUUGCUUCCUUUCUGGAAAGAGAUGGCACUAGCCUGGAGAAAUCUGCAGAAAGCCUUCUCCCUGGAGACCUCUCUCAGAAUCCCCCAGAUGUGUCCAUCCUCAAGCCUAGGUGCUUCCUGGAUAUCUGUAUCCAGGCUCACUCUUCAUACAAAGCCCAGCAUGCCAUCAUGUGACUUCUCACCUGAGAGAUACCAGUCCCUUCCCUACAGCCGUGCCCUGGAGAUUCAUAAGAAGCACCUUUCUCCUGUGGAAACAGCGUAUUUCCAGAAGCCUUUGCUGCUCCAUCAGGGACACAUGGAGUGGCUCUUUGACUCAGAGGGAAACAGAUACCUGGACUUCUUCUCUGGGAUUGUAACUGUUAGUGUUGGUCACUGCCACCCGAAGGUAACUGCUGUGGCACAAACACAGAUGGACCGCCUGUGGCAUACAAGCUCUGUCUUCUUCCACCCUCAAAUGCACGAAUACGCAGAGAAACUUUCAGCUCUUCUUCCUGAGCCUCUUAAGGUCAUUUUCUUGGUGAACAGUGGAUCAGAAGCCAAUGACCUGGCCAUGAUGAUGGCCAGAGCAUACUCAAAUCACACAGACAUCAUUUCUUUCAGAGGAGCCUAUCAUGGAUGCAGUCCUUAUACACUUGGUUUGACAAAUGUAGGGACCUUCAAGGUGAAACUCCCCAGCGGGAUGGGCUGCCGAUCAACAAUGUGCCCAGAUGUUUUCCGUGGCCCCUGGGGAGGAAGCUACUGUCGAGAUUCUCCAGUGCAAACAGUUAGGAAAUGCAGCUGUGCUCCAGACUGCUGCCAAGCUAAAGAACAGUACAUCGAACAAUUCAAAGAAACCCUGAACACUUCUGUGGCCAAGUCAAUCGCUGGAUUUUUUGCAGAGCCAAUUCAAGGUGUGAAUGGUAUUGUCCAGUACCCGAAGGAGUUUCUGAAGGAAGCCUUUGCACUGGUUCGAGAGAGGGGAGGUGUGUGCAUUGCGGAUGAAGUGCAGACAGGAUUUGGAAGGCUGGGCUCUCAUUUCUGGGGCUUCCAAACCCACGAUGUACUGCCUGACAUUGUGACCAUGGCCAAAGGAAUUGGAAAUGGCUUCCCAAUGGCUGCAGUUGUGACCACUCCAGAAAUUGCUAAAUCUUUGGCUAAUUGCUUACAUCACUUCAACACGUUUGGAGGAAGCCCCCUGGCCUGUGCCAUUGGAUCUGCCGUACUUGAGGUCAUCAAAGAAGACAAUCUACAGAAAAACAGUCAAGAAGUGGGUACCUACAUGUUACUGAAGUUUGCUGAGCUGCGGGAUGAAUUCGACAUUGUUGGGGAUGUCCGAGGCAAAGGUCUCAUGAUAGGGAUAGAGAUGGUUCAAGACAAGAUGAGCCGCCAACCUCUUCCCAAAACAGAAGUAAAUCAAAUCCAUGAGGACUGCAAAGACAUGGGGCUCCUAUUGGGCAGAGGUGGCAUUUUUUCUCAGACGUUCCGCAUCGCGCCUCCGAUGUGCAUCACUAAGCUGGAAGUGGACUUUGCAUUUGAAGUGUUUCGCUCCGCCUUAACUCAGCACAUGGAGAGAAGAGCUAAGUAAGAUUUCUACAAAUGGAGAAUCAUGAGCCUCAAGAACUUCUCAACUAUGUGCAGAGAUGAAUUGAAGACUGUUGAAACCCCAAGUUGUAGAUGAAAAACUGCAGCGCUCCUCAGUAAUUGUAAAAGACCAGUAGGUGUUUAGCCAUAUCUGUCAAUGGAGCCCCUAUUCUUCUGAGAAUUCUUUUCUUCAGGGACAGGAUCUAUCUCUGGCUCACAGAAUAAGUCCCAAUUAAUGUAGAUUUGUCUGGGAUAAUGGUAUUUCCCAUUGCAUUAACUGGUUUGUAAAUGGAUACAGGGCAUCCGUGUCACCAAUUAAUCCUGAAGGAAACCCACCUCUGGGGAAGCAUUUCUUCAUCUUUUAUGCUUCUUGCCACACUAGAAAUACUGUGUCUCAUGAUGGAAUUUCUCAAUUCACAUCAGGCAGCUGGAAUCCAUGAAGAGAAAACCUGGUCGCUAUGCUGCAUCUGGAAAGCUGUUGGAAGCUGAGAGGUUGGUGAUACCGAUGAAUCACUGACCAUGAAUCUGGGAGCCAUCCUUUCUCAGGGUUCCUUGACUUAUAAAAUAAUAAAUUCAUUGUGCUGCUUAA